GCGCCCGUCAAGGCAGGGGAUGCGCAGAUAGUGAACCCUUUCAGCCAAUAACACAUGUAGGUGUUCCCUGUUCACGGUCGACCCUGGGAAUUCGGCGUCGAGGAAAACUCAUACGAAAGAUUCUCUUCCCGCAUGCAGAUGCCUCCCUUCAGCUUACGCUGCAGUGUACCAAUCUGGGUUGAGCUCAUGUAGGCUGCAAAGCUGAUAGGGGCCAAGGAUGCAGGAUCGCCGAACCGCCAUUCUAUUUCAGGCGCGUUAUCGAUACGAACGAAGACAUCAACCCAAAAGCGUCAUGUCGUACGAAUAUGGGGGCGGUAUGGACUACAUGCACGGUAUAAGAUCCUGUGUGCUCACCCUCGAGCCACGUUAGCACACGCCACCUCCAAUCCUUCCCGCGGGCUACUUUCUCACCAGGCAUGGACUCCUCAGAACUCUAUUUCCACUCCUACGCUGUCCACCUCGGCUUCUGGACUAAUUGGUCCCAUGGUGCCGUCCGUGGCGCCACAAUAACACUCUCCCGCCCUAAUGGAGGUUUCCUUAUCGCCUUCCUCGCCAUUUACGUUGGGAUGGCAGGCAAGAGCUUAUGGCGUCUGGCUUGCUUUUGCCUACACAUCUCGUUCUCUAGCCCGGAACCCAAGGAUGGCCUGUACCAUCAACGCCAGGCAAUACUACGGAAUUCAGAUACUGCGCAAGAUGGAGCCUGGAGAUUACUGGUUAGCAUGAUGGCAUGGCGACGGCGGGCGCGGCACCCGAUUCUCCGCUUGUUGCCGUUGAUCAUCGCUGCUCUCAUCCUCUCCGCUGCCUUUGGUGUCGCAUCCGUCUUCUCCUCUCACGUAACUACCGAUACGGCCAACGAAGUUCUCCUCAAAGGAGACCGGUGCGCAACCUUGGACAUCUCGAAGGCGAACAAUGCAUCCGCUGUGUACUCUUUCUUCAAGCCGUAUCAUGCACAGCUUUGCAGCAAGUUCUUGAACUACGGCCUCCAAUGCUACAGUAACAGAUUGAGAUCCCAGAAUGCCGACGGCUGUAACCUAUACACUGCGGCGCAGCUUCCGCUAAAUGUGAACUCGAAAGCGCCGUGUCCCUUCAACACAAGCAUGUGCAAAUCACUGGACGAGAACCUUGUGCUCGACACCGGACGUCUCAACAGCCUCAAGCACUUUGGCAUCAAUUUACCGCCAGAUAACCAGUUUGACUUGCGAGUAGUCCACGAGUGUGCGCCACUUGUUACUGAGGGAUUCAUGGACACCGUGAACGACACCGACACCGGAGCCGUCGCCAGGGUCUUCUAUGGGGAGGGAAGCAAUGGUGCAUUCCAUCCAAGAGCAUGGACCUACGAAGUACCCCUGGACUUUCCCUACAGCCCCUCGAACGGCACCGGCUAUAUCGGCACAAGUCGACCCGAGUAUAACCUGGGGCAUAUGGAAUCCAUCGCAGGCGAAGAUCCAUCGCUAGAGAACUCCGGCGGCGCCAUGUGGUCGCCCAUCCCUCAGCUCCAUCGGACCGAUGCCGAUGUCUUCGUCAUGUUUCUAUCAGCGCCAGGCAUACGAUUCUCGGCACCUACCGAUGAUCCGUGGUUCUCCGCACACAGAAACGCCUCCGUACUCUACGAUCGCAACAACAAGACUCGACCAUCGUGGAUCCAAGACUCGCCCAUAAACGCCAUGGGAUGCACCAUGCAAGUCCAGUUCUGCAACCCCAAGGGGCCUGCGUCCGAGCAAUGCGAGCCUCUACGCGGACUCUACGAUCCGCAAAAGUCCACGACGAUACCGCAGAUUUUCCCGUCGAAGUCGCAACAGGACUUUGUGAAUCGCGCCGAAUACAUGUUUAGCAUCGAUACGGCGAGCAUUAACCUGCUUGUUGGCAUGAUUGGCGCCGCGGCGCUGAGGGCCCGCUACGGCCUGGCAUUGGGAUAUCAAGGCCCGCUUCCUGCAAACCAGUGGCAAUUGGAAGCGGAGCACUGGGUGAAGGGCGAGCUGGCCUCGAUGCAAGAUGCGCUGGUUCGAGCCGCAGGAGGCCCACCACAAGAGCUAAGCCAGUUUCAAGUAGUACCCGAGACCAACGACACCGCGGCGAAGAGCAUGUGUAUCAACCAGAAGAUAAAAAGCACCGAAUACUCCUCCUUCAACGUCCUCGGUAUAUCCCUCAUCCUCUUCAUCGGGGGCACAAUCGUGCUGCUCGACAUGGCCAUAGCACCAUUCACCACCUGGCUCCAAGAGCGCCGGCACCUCAAGGCCGGGGGCAACGCUUCCUUGCACGCGGUCCGCGAAUGGUCGGCGACGAGCACGCUGCAGCUCCAGCGGCUUGCGCACGAGGAAGCGGGGUACGGCUCGUGGAAAGGAUGUCAUUCGGAUAACCCCGUCACUGCGUCGGGGGAUCUGCUGGCUACGCUGGAUUUGAAGGAUAGGGAGCAUUUGGCGCUGAAAGGGAGGAUGGGAAUUGAGAGGGUUGAUACGGCGUUUGAUACGCUUGUUAGUCAGGACGAUGAGAAGUAGGGCGGAGGUUGGGAGGAUAGUCUGCCCCUGCGUGAUCGUGUCAUCUGCUGCGGAAGUACUAUCUUCUUGCUUUGGCGCCA